AGCGCGUUUCGCUUGGAGACCCUUGUCACACACAGAGCCGGCCAGUCACAACAGAGAGGACUUCAAAGGCAGAGAAGUGAGUUACAGACAGACGAACAGACAGACAGACAGACAGACAGACAAUGAGAGAAACUGUGAGUGUCUUACAGACGAGGAGAGUGCAGCAGAUGGAGGCAAAGUUUGGAGCCAGAAAACAGAGAAAGUGAUAAACAGCGUGGACGAGAGGAAUUAAAAAGACAACCAAAAGGAGAAGCAGACAGAAACAGACGUCCCUGAACACAACAUUUUCUCCUUGUUAGAGUAUGGUGGCAGAGUGCACAUGGAUUUAGUCGACCUCUACCUCCCAGAGUGUUUCACCUACCACUCUGACACCGAGGAGAGUGAGUAGGUGGGUAAUACCAGUUUAGAGGAAACCAGUCCUGCUGUGGGAGAACAGAGAAAAUCUUCCCUACAAACAUCUCAGCAGGAUGUCACUGAGGGGCUUGGACCCCACCUGUCCCGCCACAAUAAAGCGUGAGCCCACCAGCCCCAGCCCUAGCUCUCAGGGGGACAUCAGCCCGGCUCAACCCAGCCCUGGAAGCUCUUCAUCGGACACAAACUCCAGCUACGGGCUCUUGACAAAGGGGCUCAACCACAGCAAUGGACUGGACUCGCCGAGCCUUUAUGGUCACACGGCUGCGUUGGCGAACAAUGCGGUAACAAACAGUUCUCUAUCCAGGAGGUAUGGCGAGGAAGACAGCCAAGUGAAGUGUGAGUUCAUGCUCGGCACAGUGGCAAAGCGGCUGUGUCUCGUGUGUGGUGAUGUGGCUUCUGGUUACCACUACGGUGUCGCCUCCUGUGAGGCCUGCAAAGCCUUCUUCAAGAGGACCAUCCAGGGUAACAUUGAAUACAGCUGCCCUGCGUCCAAUGAAUGUGAAAUCACCAAGAGAAGGAGGAAAUCCUGCCAGGCCUGUCGAUUUGUGAAAUGUCUGGCUGUGGGCAUGUUGCGAGAAGGUGUGCGUCUGGACCGGGUUCGAGGCGGCAGACAGAAGUACAAGAGGAGGAUAGACGCUGAGAACAGCACGUACCUGCAGACACAGAAUGCCUUGCCUCAGAAGAAAACCUUCACUGUUGGCUGCGUGAUAGAAAACAAGGUGGUGUCUUUGCUGCUGGUGGCAGAGCCAGAGGGAAUCUUCGCCAUGCCGGACCCCACCGUGCCCGAGAGCGACAUCAAGGCACUGACCACGCUGUGCGACCUCGCUGACAGAGAGCUGGUGGUCAACAUCGGCUGGGCUAAACACAUCCCAGGCUUCCCCUCCCUCUCUCUGGCCGACCAGAUGAGUCUGCUUCAGAGUGGAUGGAUGGAGAUCUUGAUUCUACGGGUGGUGUUUCGAUCCCUGGCCUUGGAGGACAAGCUGGUGUAUGCCGAGGACUACAUCAUGGACGAGGAGCAGUCAAAGCUGGCCGGGCUGCUUGACCUCAACAAUGCCAUCCUGCAGCUGGUGAAGAAGUUUAAAACCAUGGGGCUGGAGAAGGAGGAGUUUGUGGUCCUCAAGGCCAUUGCAUUGGCUAACUCAGACUCUAUGCAAAUUGAAGACUCAGAGGCGGUUCAGAGACUCCAAGAUGUCCUUCAUGGGGCCCUGCAGGACUAUGAAGCCACCCACCACCCAGAGGACCCUCGGAGAGCCGGCAAACUGAUCAUGACCCUUCCUCUCCUCCGUCAGACAGCUGCUCGUGCUGUGCAGCACUUCUGCAGCAUCAAACAGGAUGGCCGCGUACCCAUGCACAAACUGUUCCUCGAACUGCUGGAGGCCAAAGCCUGACAUCAAAAUAAACAGUAAUUAGCUUCAUCCUGACUCCCCCCAAAUGCAGGCACAAGGAUGACAUAAAGUGAGGUACAGGUAAAGGUAUGGUUUGACACUAUGUAUUUGUUCAUUUCAGCUUUGGUAAUAAAGUUUCAAACCUGCAAUCCCUGGGAAGGAACAUUUUUAGAGCAACACCCUUCCUACUCCUGGAGAAACUUUGACUGGAAGUCAGUGGAACUGACGCAUUUUCAUUAUAGUGUCUUCACACUACGGACUUCAACACUAACCUAAGAGUGUUGACCUGCUUCCAAUUCACCGAAGGAGGGACAGACUGCACUGAAGCAGGAGAAAACGCCUUCCAGAGAUAUUUACAGUUAUAUGCCAAAAGUAGAGCUUCUUUUGUUAAAGACCACCUGAUACUUGAAGAUCCUCGUGGAUUAUUUCAUCCAUCUUGAAGCCUGUUAAUCUGCAUUCUCAUGCAUUUAGAAAGCCUUUAAAUGGUUUAAUAUUGUUUGUCCUUUUUGUAUAAAAAAGGUGUCCGAAGAGGCAAGUCUUGCCAAAGAGUUAAGACUCGUACUAUAAUACCAGCAUACGUCCACAAUAAUAUAAUGUGGCCUGUAAGACAUUCGCGUAAACCUACAUCCCUGCUGUGUUGUGUAUCACAAAAGUAUCUAUCGAUCUACUACAUUCAUAUAUAGACAAUUAAAGGGAAGUAAAUAAGCGGUCAGAAUCUCUUAGAAUAACCGGCCUCCUGAUUCUAGUAGAACAUUUCAGGGACAGAGUACUUAACGUCAUUGCGCGACUGUACGACAGCAAAGUGAUAUUUAUUUAAAAGUGGCUCUCUUCUUUCUUUUGCUGUUUUUAUUUACUAAUGUGGCAUUAUAAAGAGUAGAUUAAAGGAGCUAUAGCCGAUAAUAAUUUUUUAAAGAUUUUUGAAUAUCAUUCUAAGAUCAUUUUUUACUAGCUUCUCUGCUGCAGCACUGAUGCAUAGAUGUAUAUCAUAUCAAAUUCAAGUCAAAGUCAUAAUAAUUGGUACUUGAAGAUCAUAAUGUUGUAGAGUUGUUGUAGGCCCAUAGAUAUAACUCUAUGUAAAAAUGGCUGCCAUACUGUAUAAUCUGGAUUAGGGGAGGCAUUUGAUGUCUUCUUUAAGGUAGAAGUCUAUGUGUAGGAUGAAGUUGGUGCACUACUUUUCCUUUUAGCCAUAAAGUUUGGGGAAACUCUGUUAAUCUGUUAGUGUGUUUCUGUGUGAAGAGUAGUUUAAUCUGAAAUUUGUCUUUUUUCCGCACAUGAAGGGAUUUAACUUGGAAGGAAUCUCAGUAAAAUACAUAAUUAGCCAAAGUCUGGCUCCUUAUUUUACUCCAGGUACUGUGACACUAUAACGUGCAUAUUUUUGUGACAAGAUGACGGCAGCAAUAUGCCGGAUUAAAUGUAUGUACUGUACGUUUUGCUGUAUAUACGUCAUGUCUUAUGCCAACAGAGAUGUUUAACGAUGCAAAUAAGCUUUGUUCGGACGAGCUGUGCCGUGUUGUUUCAUUCUCAGGUGGAUUCUUGGGCAAUAAAGAUGAUCCCCUUAAUGCAA